UCUCUCCGGUGGAAAUCUCAGAGCAAUGAAUGCUACAGCGUCUCCACGAGUGUUGACCGGCCACAUGUGGGGGUGGGAAGGUGCCGCGUGAAACAAACCAAAGGACAGAAGCUAAACCAGGAUUUACUUCAUACUGAAGCUCUGGGACGGAGUUUUGUUCUCUCAGCGGUUCUGUGGGUAAAGUAGAGAAAGUUGGUCUCCGCAGAGGAAACAAGGCAAGUCAGGACUGAACGGCGUGGAAUAUCUGUGUUGUCGAAACCUUGAGGAAUAAGGUUAUCUGCUCGGCUGAUUUGUGUGCGUGCACAGGCGGAAAAGCCUGGAUAGUGUGAAGGAAACUAAUGAAAGUUGACUGCGGCUGGAAGAACAGGAGCAUUUGAAGUGAGAGGAGGCUGGAGACAAUGAAAGGUUGUGAUGAGUUCUCAUGAGCCAUGGAGUGACUGGAGAUCACAAGCUGAGCUUCCACAGGUUUCAUCCAGAAGGAUGAAUGUUUGAACCUGAACUGCUGAGAGGUCAAGAGGUGACAAACCUCUGUAAAGCACCACUGGAAAUAAAUGGUCUUCUACCAUGCCUCCAGGGACAGUGUGUCAUCUUUCAGUGUUGAUUGUCCGGACACUGUUGACUCUCCUGCUUGUAGCUCUUGGCUGGCCCUGUGUUUCCACAUCCAGUAGCGUUUGGGGAUUAGACUUAUCCCACUCUGAUCCUUAUCCCACCUUCAUACGGAAUGACACGCAGUUUGAGCACCUUGCCCUGCAUCCUGAUCCCAGUGUAGGUUGGGUCUAUGUUGGAGCUCGAGAUCAUUUGUUCCAGUUGGAUCGAUUCCUCCAAACUAAGCUUCAGUUUGACACUGGACCUGUCACAGACAGCCGAGAAUGCUUACCUCCAGUGACAGAGAGCAACUGCCCUCAGGCAAAGGAAACCAGCAACCACAACAAGCUCCUGCUGGUUGAUCCGUACUCUAUGGAGCUCAUUACCUGUGGGAGCAUCAACCAAGGAAUCUGCCAGAAGCGUAGCCUGGAUUCUGUGGAUAAAGUACUUUUCUCUACAGAGAGGCCAGUGGAUACUCAGUAUGUUGCAGCUAACCACCCCAACGUUAGCACCGUUGGGCUUGUUGUUCGCCCUCAUCCUGACAGGCGGCCGGUGCUAUUUGUGGGGCGGGGAUACACCAGCAGUCAUCCACCCAUUUCCACCAGAAACCUUGCCCAGGAGCCCAUCUUCUCCUAUGAGGAGACUGCCAAGCUGGCGGUGGCUGGCCGUCUCUCAGAAUAUGACCAUCAUUUUGUGGCUUCAUUUGCUCACCGUCACCACGUAUACUUCCUCUUCUACAGGCGGGAUCUGAAGUCACAGUCAAGGGAAUACCGUACUUACAUCUCACGCGUAUGCUUGGAUGAUCAGUCCUAUUACUCCUACGUGGAGGUACCCUUGACAUGUCGUUCCAGGGCGGGUAAAGUUUACAACCUCCUACAAGCUGUCCAGCUGGGGCUUUCCAAGGAUGGUGGCGAUAGUCAGGGUUCAGAGAUUCUUCUGGGGGUCUUCUCCACUCAUUUGGCUUCCUCAGCUCGGCCCAGUGAGGACUCUGCUCUCUGCAUGUUUAAUCUUGAAGAUGUGGACCAGAGGAUCAACUCCACCAGAGACCUGUGCUAUACACAGAUGGGUAGAGAAGCACGAAUGGAAGCAGCCUACAUCGAAUAUGAAGUCAAAUCGAACUGUGCCAACCUUCCAGAGAACACCCUGGAUGCCUACCCCUGUGGCUCUGACCAUACUCCCAGUCCCAUGGCCAGUCGGAUCGCUGUGGAAGUGGAGACCAUAUUGGACAGUCCAUCUGCCCGCCUCACUGCUGUGGCUGUCAGCGUUAAGGCGGGGCACACAAUCGCCUUUCUAGGAGACUCCAAAGGGAACGUGCACAAGGUGUUCUUGGGACCGAACGGCGAGGUGGAGGAGUACUCUGUGGUCUCUGUACAGCAGAAUGCAGUCAUCAGCUCUGACCUGAUCCUGGACCAGAAAGAAGAGCAUCUCUUCAUCAUGACCCAGAACAUGCUGCAGAAGAGGCCGGUGGCUGAAUGCCAGCAUCACCCAGACUGUCACUCCUGUCUGCUGGCCCACGACCCCUACUGUGGCUGGUGUGUCCUGGAAGGAAGGUGUGUUUUGAAAUCUCAGUGCAGUCGUGGGAGUCGGCCCGGUCAGUGGCUGUGGAGCUUCGACAUAGAGCAACAGUGUUUGGCUAUCCAGGACCUCAACCCCUCAAACAUCAGCAGGGAGGAGAGCAAGAUGGUGUCUCUGUCCAUUCCAGGACUCCCUGUCUUAGAAAAAGGAGAGUCCUACUCCUGCUUCUUCCAGGACAGCCGCAGUCCCGCCACUGUCACUGAGGCUGGGGUCACCUGCCGGUCUCCGGACACAAGAAGAAUACCAAUGGUGCCUCCAGGACAGGAUUUUGUCACCCUCAGCUUGUCUCUUCGAUUUGGAGACGUUGCCGUCACAGCCAGAGAUUUCACCUUCUACGACUGUACAGCUGUGAAGCAGCAGUCCGGCAGCACGCCUUGCCGUGGAUGUGUUUUGAGUAAAUGGGGCUGUAACUGGUGCGUCCACCACCACACGUGUACCCAUAAGCCCGUCUGUGGGGAAGGAGUGAUCAUCUACAACCAACAUUUUAAACUCCCCACCUCAUCUCCUCCCACAACCAAAAUUACUAAAAUCAUCCAAACAGCCGCGGUCACAACAGCUGCCACCAUGGCAACCUCCAAUACUCCUCUGACAACAACAACUUUUGCCAUUACAACAGCUGUAGUUCCUGUUACCAUAGCAACCACUCAGAAGCCAACCACCUCUAUUACACACACUACAACCACCAGCCCUGAUCCAACCACCACACCCACCACGGAACCCCCUCAGCCUUCCAGCGUGCCCCCACCCAGCACCACUCAGGCCACCACCAGGAAGGAGGAAGAUGCUAUGACUGACCAGCUUCAAGUUGUCACUCAGAGCAGCUCUGAAGGAGCUGUUGUUACAGCCAGUGUUGUUGUGGGAGCAGCAGAGUUGAUGCCCAUCACUACCACUGAUGGUCUGAGCGGAGAUCUGGACCCCGUGAUGCCUCUGAUGGUUUCCAAGGAGUCCACCCCCAGCACCACCCAUGAAGCUGAUGGAACUGCCAGCCUUGCAGAGCCUCCCACCCUGGCCUCGUCUGGCAUCCCCCUGUCCACACCCAUCUCCGCAGGAGAAGCUGCUGAUUCUGAGUCCCCCACUUACCUGGCCCUAACCCAGACCCCUAUGCUGCUACUCCCAGAAGACUCCGUUACUGAAGCAGGGAGUCCAGGAAUCGACCCUGAAGUCCUCACCGAGUUGGAAAAUGACACAGCCACGUUUUCAGCUCCCACGGUGCUCUCAGGUGAUGGGGAAGUCGACCACAGCCUCCCGUCUUACUCACACCUAAUAGAUACUGACUCAGAACUAGAGCUGGACUACCAGUAUGAUCCAGCUGAUGCCUUUCUUCCGGGUGAUGAAGGUUCCUACAUCAGCUGGGGUUCCUCUGCAUGUCCCUGCGUGGAGAAGGUCCAAGGUUUGUCGCUACUUCCUGUCAGAGUUGAGAGGAAGAUCACUUUACUGGCACGUAACCUCCAUCUCUAUCAGGAUGAAGAGCUGGACUACGAGUGUGUGUUGGUCAUCGAAGGGCAGACGGUGGUGGUGGAUGCCUACGUGGAGACCGAUGAUAUGAAUCCAUCAAACUUCGACAUCACAUGUCAGCUUCACCAGUAUACCUACUCUGCUCCGGUGGAUGAAUAUAAAGCCAUGGUAUACGUGAAGAGGAGAGACACCUUCCAUGUGGACAGUUCUCCGGAUCUACAUGUGACUCUGUACAACUGUUCCGUGGGUCGAUCUGACUGCAGCCGCUGCCACACCGCUGACCAGAAGUAUGGUUGUGUGUGGUGUGGUGGCCAUCAGGCCACCUGUGUUUACUCAGACUCCUGCAGUGAACCUGUACAAAAGACAUGCCCCGCCCCCGUCAUACACUCUAUUGAGCCACUUUCUGGCCUGUUGGAAGGAGGCACCAUGGUAACCAUUUCAGGCUCCAACCUGGGCCAAAGGGCCGGAGACAUCCUUCACUCUGUGUCAGUUGCUGGGGUGCCAUGUACCGUCAUACCACAACUGUACGAGGUGUCCUCCAGGAUCGUGUGUAGGACCAAACCCAGUAGAGAGGAGAAGGUGGGCUAUGUGUCUGUGGAAGUGAGUGGAGGGGAGUUUGGCCGGUCCAGCCAGUCUUUCAGCUACCAGGAUCCACAGGUGACAGGAGUUUCACCCAAAAGGGGCCCAAAGGCAGGAGGAACUUCUCUCACCAUCGCAGGCCAAAACCUGCUGACGGGUCGUCCCUCUGACCUCACCAUCACUGUGGGAGGGGUGUCCUGUAAAAUCGUAUCAGAAGUCCAGAGCUCCAGCGUUCAGUGUGUAACCGGCAGCGGUAACAAGACAGGAGAUCAACGGGUCACACUCCAUUACGGCAGCAGUCAGCGUCACCUCCACACAUCCUCCUACCGCUACACCCACAACCCCAACAUCAGCCAUGCCACACCAGCCAAGAGUUUCCUCGACGGUGGUCGACUAAUCUCUGUGCACGGCCACAACCUGGACGUGGUCCAGGAGCCAUCGAUGUUGGUCAGUUUCUCUCCCAACAACGCCAUCAGCCAGAAUCCAAGGAAGAAGACGAAGAGGAGGAAGAGGAGACACUCAGAAAAGAUGGAGGACAGGGAGAGAACCAUCCGAAGGCCGGACCGGAUGGUUUCUGAUCCAGUUUGUUCUGGAGACCCACUCUGCUCUGUCAAACAGUACACGGAGCGCUGUGAGGUCAACUCCUCCUCCCUGAUCCUGUGCCGCUCUCCAAAGGUGGACCCGUCCAUCUUGGGGUCGAAGGUCACAGUGGCAUUUCUACUAGACAACCUGCGCUUUGACUUCAGUUCUUUGAACACUCAGCCCUUCAGUUAUGAGCCCAACCCUGUCCUACAGCUCCUGAACCAGCAGGACCCCCAGAAGGCCUACCGCUACAACCCCGGCAGCUUCAUCCAGCUGGAGGGGGACAACCUCGACCUGGCCAUCACUAAAGAGGAGGUGGUGGUAUUGAUAGGAGAGGGAGUUUGUGCUGUUAAGACCUUGACCAGAAACCAUCUGUACUGUGAGCCUCCACCUCAGCAGCCUCCACCAGGACCAAACUGCAACAAGUGUGAGGGCUCCGACCAUCUGCCUGAAUUCACUGUCCACAUGGGCAACCUGAAUUUCUCUCUUGGCAAAGUUCAGUAUGACAACCUUAGCCCUUCCACCUUCCCACUGGAGGCUCAGAUUGGAGUUGGGGUUGGAGCCUCCAUCGUUGCCCUCAUCGUCCUCAUUAUUGUCCUCAUAUACAGGAGGAAGAGCAAGCAAGCGUUAAGGGAUUACAAGAAGGUCCAGAUCCAGCUGGAGAACCUGGAGACCAGCGUGAGAGACCGCUGCAAGAAAGAGUUCACAGAUCUGAUGACAGAGAUGAUGGACAUGUCCAGCGACCUGGUGGGCUCGGGCAUCCCCUUCCUCGACUACCGAAUGUACGCAGAGCGCAUUUUCUUUCCUGGCCACCGGGAGUCUCCACUGAGGCGAGAUCUUGACGUCCAGGAGUGUCGGAGGCAGACGGUGGAGCAGGGCUUGGUUCAGCUGUCAAACCUGCUCAAUAGCAAACUUUUCCUCACUAAGUUCAUUCACACUCUUGAGAACCAGCGGACAUUCUCUCCUCGGGACCGAGCCUAUGUGGCCUCCCUUCUGACUGUGGCACUUCACGGCAAACUGGAGUAUUUCACUGACAUCCUCAAGACUCUCCUGAAUGAUCUAGUGGAGCAAUACGUAGCCAAGAACCCCAAACUAAUGCUACGAAGAACAGAGACUGUGGUGGAGAAGCUUUUGACCAACUGGAUGUCCAUCUGUCUGUAUGCUUUCCUCAGGGACUCAGCAGGAGAGCCUCUGUACAUGUUGUUCAGGGCCAUAAAACACCAGGUAGAUAAAGGACCCGUGGAUACUGUCACCGGGAAGGCCAAAUAUACCCUAAAUGACAACCGCCUGCUGAGGGAGGAUGUGGAGUACAAGACCCUGACACUGAAUGUGUUGGUGCAGAGUGCAGGGGUGAACGAGACGCAGCCGUUGCCCUCCAAAGUGCUGGACUGCGACACCAUCACACAGGUGAAGGAGAAGCUGCUGGACCAGGUGUACAAGGGCACUUCUUUCUCUCAUCGGCCCCACGUCGACUCACUGGACCUUGAGUGGAGGUCUGGCGUUGCCGGGCAUCUCAUCCUGUCAGAUGAGGACCUGACGUCUGUGGUUCAGGGCAACUGGAAACGUCUCAACACUCUGCAGCAUUACAAGGUCCCAGAUGGUGCAACAGUAGCGCUGGUCCCUCGCCACACCAAAAACAUUCACCAUGACAACCACGACUACAUAGCUGGAGAGAGUGAGUUCCUUUGCAAAGAGACGCCGAUGCUGGAGGAUGCAGAUGAAGGUGGAGUGAAGCUGUGGCAUCUGGUGAAGGCCAGCGAGGAGCCGGAACUGCCUAAACACCGCCGAGGCAGCCUGAGGGAGAGGGAGAGAGCCAAGGCCAUCCCCGAGAUCUACCUGACCCGCCUGUUGUCCAUGAAGGGGACGCUGCAGAAGUUUGUAGACGAUCUGUUCACCGUGAUCCUCAGCACCAGCCGUCCAGUACCUCUGGCUGUCAAGUAUUUCUUUGACCUGCUGGAUGACCAGGCGGGACAACACAACAUCACCGACCCGGAAACGAUCCACAUCUGGAAGACCAACAGUCUCCCUCUGCGCUUCUGGAUCAACAUCAUCAAGAACCCUCAGUUUAUCUUUGAUGUCCAGGCAUCAGACCAUGUGGACGCUGUCCUCUCCGUUAUCGCACAGACCUUCAUGGACUCCUGCACCAUUGCAGAGCAUAAGCUUGGUCGGGAUUCUCCCAUCAACAAGCUGCUGUACGCCAGAGACAUUCCUCGCUACAAACAGAUGGUGGAAAGGUACUACGCUGACAUCAGGCAGACCAUCUCAGCCAGCGACCAGGAGAUGAACUCUGCUCUGGCUGAGCUGUCCAGGAACUACUCAGGAGAGCUCAACUACCUGGUGGCACUGCAUGAGCUCUACAAGUACAUCAACAAAUACUACGACCAGAUCAUUACAGCGCUGGAGGAGGACCCCACAGCGCAGAAGAUGCAGCUAGGAUACCGACUGCAGCAGAUCGCUGCUGCCGUGGAGAAUAAAGUCACUGAUUUGUGACAGAAAACAUUUUGCUGAGUUACUACUGAGAUGUUUUCAAGCUAGGAAUCAGAAGAUGGAAGCUGGCCUCAAAGUUCACGUCCCAGCACAUUUUCUGUUUUUUUGCCAUCUGCUUCAGUGGCGUUUAGUGGACAGUCUGAGGCUCGGAGUCUUCUGUAGAAGCAGGAUGUGCAGAGGCUGAAGGCAGAUGGACAGAGUUGGGGGUCUGAAAGACCCCGUCAAGAACGUGCGCUGGGAUGAAAACCUGACCUGGUCUGAAGACUGAUGUCACCGUUUUCCCUCUGGAGUUUUUUGAAGCGGUACUUCUUACAGUUCGUGUGUUUGUCACUGCUGUACGGUCAGAAAUUAUUUCCUACUAUCCAAGCUCCCCUGUUCUCCAGUUUCUGAUAUGGAAUACUGAAGAAACAGGUAGAAAUUUUGAGAAAAUAAGGUUUUAGACAGCCCGAAGCCAGCUGCAGAUAUCACAGUUUAACGCCGUUCUACCUCAGCCCGCGGUGCUGCUUCAGCAUGUCCAAACUUCCAGAUGUUUUAUCUGCCAGAUCUGCCUUCACAGCCUAUAAACACACACAUUUCAGACAUCUCUGCUCCAUUUUAAGGUACUUAAAACACUCCAGCUUCUAUUUCUUGGUUGUAUUUUUGUUCUUUUUAUCACGUGGUUGUGUAUACACCUCAAAUUGUCUGAUUUUCUUUUAAGGAACUUGUCUUAAUUUAGGACAGUUGCUGUGCCUCCAAGCUGAAAGCAUGAUGGUUUAUGUGCAUCAAUCACAGAGUGGCACUGUUUCAUAUCCUGACUUUGACGCACAUGAAUAAUACGUUACUGCUUCAUAGGGUACAUUUCAUUUUUUCACGUCCUUUUCUCGUAAUUUUCUUCCUCAAGGACUGAAAUGGCCUCCAACUUGAUGUCAGGGCAACGUAUGAUCGAAUGCUGGUUGUUUUCUUCAGUUCAGAGUCAGUUCAGGGGGGAAUCCAAACUUAUGAAUAAUCAGACUUUGCAGCAAGGGUUGCAGCAGUGUUUGUUCACACUUUUCAGUAAAAUGUCUCAGAUUUCACAUGCAGCUGUUCCAGCUUUAAGUAAUGGUGUUCAUGAUCUACCCGAUCCAAGAAUUAAGACUAAAUGUAAAACCCAACAGAUAUCAAAACAAACUGCCUGGUUAGUUGCAUCAGUUUGAGCCUGAUGCUUGUCCUUACCGGACUCAGCAGGUCCGAUUGUAGCCCACAGGUCUGUCAUUACGUAACUAAACACAACAACUAAUAAUGACUUGUAUGUACAGAUGGUUUGUUUUAGUUGAACACUGUUCAGAUGGAGGGAAAACUAACUGCUGUUAGGCUGUAUAAAUUUAGCAAUGUAGAGCAGGCUCUGCAAGGAGCAGUUUUAAAGAUGUUUCUUAUUUCAUGUUGACAUUAUUGUACAUACUUACUUUUAAAUGUAACUGUAGGAAUUUAACCUGUUUAUUAAGCCAGUGUACAUUUUCACAGAUGUAAUAAAAUAUUAUUCAAAUGGU